CCAACUUUGGUCUCUCGCUCGCCCGAAAGCGUGCAAUGGCCCUCGGUGCCCAGACAUGAACCAAUACCGCAAGCGAACGAUAUCACACUGCCCGAUUUGAAGACUGUCUUGAGUCCAGAGUUCGAGCGCAUGUCUUCGCCGCAAAUCAGUAACCAUCCUGCAUCACCGACCUCUGUCAGGAGUCUACCGCGAAUCGAUCCGGGACACGCAUUGACAAAUGGAGUGCAUAGAGGAACAACAGACGUAUCUAUGGCGAGUCCGGCAGAGAGUGGAAGCGCAAUGAGCACGGAAGACAGCACGGCGCGGUCUACAAGUGUGUCAAUGGAAGAUCCAGAUGUACGCCUUGCUGCAGAGGCCUUAUCUGGACUGGGAAAUCCAAGCUUGAUGCACGGCGGCAGAGGGCAGGGCAGGCACAUGGCAAAUGGAAUGCGACUUUCGGACGAGCCUGAACCUUUGCUUGAGCUCAUCGCCCAGGCGCAUCCUUGGGUCGGCGGAACAAUCAAGACGUCUCUGGCAGCUUAUUCUACUACAAAAUACUACUCUCCGCGGUUCGUGCGUAAUAGUGCGGGCUUCGUGGAGCGCAACGUGGGAAUGCCGCUUGUGAAUACUGUGAACGCGGUGGGGGAGAAGACAGGUCUCGAUAGUCAAGUUCGACGAUACCUGGACGCUCGCCGGCCUGGCGACAUGGAGCAAGGUCGCGAUGCUAAAGCAGAUGCCGCAUCAGAUAAUGGCGAGCUAGCCGGAGCGCGCCAAGAAGAACAACUGCCACCCUAUGGAUCUAGCAGGCCACCAUCAUAUCGCGAAGAGGCUAGUCCUGUUGGGCAAGGACGAUAUUCUCAUGAGGUGAAAAUGCAGGUGCGACCUGCCAAUGGCCGUAGCUGGUCCUCGCAGCUGUUUGUCACAACAUCUGGACUCUCGGUGGCUCUCAGCACUGCUUCACGAAAUAGCUUGAAAUUAUGUCUCAGGCUCUUGCAGGACUCGGCCAUGCAUGUGCAAAACCUGACGGAAGCAUUGUCUUCGAUCCUGCGAGACUACGAGACAGCUCGGGAACAGCAAUAUCGAAGCGACAAUGCGUCUUUGGAGAAGGGACAGCGACCUGGCACACCUGAACGGUCUGAGGAUGCGAGACGACUUGCGGAGCACAUCAAGAGGACAUGCGAUGAUAUCUGGCAAAGGUUGCGUCAGGUUUCAGAGGCCGUGUCCACGUAUGCCGGCGGUGCACUGCCCGAAAAUGCUCGCGAAUUCGUACGGAGUCAACUCAUGUCGCUUCCUCAGCGCUGGCGCGUCGUAUCGGACCAACAGUACGCCGAGUCGGAAACCAGUCGAAAUGCUCGGCGCAUGAUUCACUUCGCGGCCGAAGGCUUGGACAUGAUGAGCCAAGUUUCGGGGGUGCUCCAAGCAACGCUCAACUCCGCUGAGCAGUGGCUGGCGCGCGUCGGAAGG